UAAGCGUCAAAAAGAAAAGAAAACGCCUGUUGUUAAAGUUGAAUUAAACGAUUCUUCAACUUUGUAACCCAGUUAAGUAUUUUUGUGGUUCACAGUUGCCAGCAUUUCCAUUGAAACAGCCAUGACUGAAUCGUACUGUACCAACGAUGAGAACGAGAUUACGAUCAAAAUUGCAGGUUAUGAUCCAGAAUUUGGCAGCUGGAUACUGAAAAGCAUGUUUCCUACUCCAAAAGAACUAUUACCAUUGAUCGGUGAGAGAAUAGUUUUCACCACACCCAGCAACAGGCCUCUUUUGACCAAGGAAAAUGACAACGCCAAAGACGCUGAUAGUCUGACGAAGCUUUACUGUAGCGUUGGCCAGGACUUAGACGUUACUGUUAUUGAGAAUAUUUAUGACGAAACAUUCGUCUUAGACGACGACGAGGUGGAAGCAAACAGCUGCAAUCAAGGGAAAUACACAGCAGAGCGAGACGAAAAAAUAGGAGAUAAUGCGACUGUCGCUGUACAUCAAAGUAGCGGUUCUUUAGAUAUUGUUGACAGUCUACCAUCAGAAGCAAAACUUAAUAACAGGCCUGGAAAACAAGAUGAGGAUACAAAUGAUAAUAGCAAUAGCCAGAAAAAGAAAAAAAGAAGAUCAUCUACCGAUUGGGAUUCAUUGACCACUCCUCUAAACCCUGCUACCACGGUUGGACGACGUAAAAGAAGGGUGCUGCCUGCUGUAUUUUCAAUGGCUACAAAGAGCCGUCAAAUGUCUGUGCAAAGCGCAGAGGGAUUAUACCAAGGUUUAAACGAUGAGCAAAAGAGAAUCCAUGAUUGGAUUGUGGCCGAAAAGGAAAAUGCAUUGAUCACUGGCUCUGCAGGAACUGGUAAAUCAGUUUUACUGAAGGCGAUUAUAAGUACAGUUAGAAGUAAAUACGCAGAUAAUGAAGUUGCAGUUACAGCAUCAACAGGCAUCGCAGCAUUAAAUAUUGACGGUGUUACAGUGCACAGGUAAACCUGUUUUGUAAGGUUAUUGUCGAACUUUUCUCAGCACUUAGCACUCUUGCAGUUUCGCUUCUGUAGGCCUUGCUCAAGAAGAUGUUAAUUACUACGUCAAUAAAAUCAAAAAGACAAGCUCUGCAAGAACACGAUGGUUGCGAGUCAAGGUUUUAAUUAUCGAUGAAAUAUCCAUGAUAAGUGGUAGACUUUUAGAUCUGUUGG